AUGACGAGAAGGCAUGAGCGGUAUGUGGCUCAGAGAGAGGAACAGAUCGAGUCGGCGCCAGGAGGAGACGGUGACACAUGCCCCAUGAUCGUGAUCGUCGAGCUACCUGCCAAGGAGAAGCUGGGGGUGCAACUUGUGCCGUCCAAAAACGGCGUGAUUGAUCACGUCAAAGGGGUAAACGCCCUAAUGCUUUCCAGCUUGUUCGGGCGAGUUCGAGCCGUCAAAGGUCGAAUUGACAGUGGAGCGGACGUCAACUUGAACGAUAAAACAGCGGAGAUGGUUGCAGCGGGGAAGGCGCAAACGAAUAUUGUGAGUGUUCUCCUCGACAACGGAGCUGACAUUUAUGCCAAGUCUUAUGAUGGCAAAACAGCGCUGAUGUUGGCAUCUUGUCUUGGACAUACUGCCACGGAAGCGAAGCUGUUAAAAUCCGGAGCUGCUGAUACAGUGGAUUCCCAGGGAUGGACGCCAUUGAUCGGUGCUGCUAAAGGCGGACACGUGCGUGUAAUGCGGUUGCUACUUGAGAAAGACAGUCACGACAUCAAUAUCGUCGAGAACUCAGCGUUACUUUACGCGUCAUUCGUGGACGCCGCAUGGCUUCUCCUGAAGUAUAAGGUGUCAGAGGACAAACAAAACCGCUUUGAUAAGGCAAAACGGACACCGUUGAUUAGAGUAGCAUUCAAUGGUGAAGAGGAAUGUGUUCGUCUUCUUCUCGAGAACGUGUAUUUGUUCGACCCCCAGGGCGCCGAGCAGCAGAUAUUGCAAGAUAAAACAAUCGAGGAUGACAAGAAGUCGUUCUGGCACGAGGCUCGCAUCUGGAAAAGGCGAAGCACCCAAACACCGUUUCAUUCUUCGGCGCCUAUUUUCCGCAAUAUCAUUCAUAGCGACCUAAAGUGCAACCAGAUUCUCGUUGGAGAAAAUGGCGAAGCGAUGCUGACGGAUUGA